AUGAUGCGAUCACGAGUUAAACUGUCCACCAUGUUUGCAAUGAUUUUCUCGCUCUUGGCCGCUUUCUGCGCAUGCACUGCCAAGGACAACAAACCAUCAGACACCAAGGUAACUGUGUUUUUACUCAUAACCACUACACAUUGAUUUGAUUACGUCGAAUAAUGUUAAUUUAUGGAGAAAAGUGGCAAUAAUGAUCAUUUGUUAAUUUUACUUUUUACUUUUUUUGAUAAAUUAAAAAAGGGUUUCAAAUUAAAAAAAAAUUAAGGAGGUAAUAAUUACUUGUACAACCUAAGCAAAAAUCAAUCGUAAUCAAAAGUAACGUUAUUAGUAACGUGGUAGAUACUAGUAUAUAGCUUCUGGGCUGAAAGACGAAUUUCUUUAAUCACAACUUACGAUUUUAUCAAAGAAACCCAAAUUAAAACUUGCAAAUUAACGAAAAUCACUGGGCACUCUCUCACCUAGAUCGAAACGAUAAAUGAAAGACAAAAUUGACAAGAGCUACUAGUAGUUUGCCUUUAACUUUUCUUUUUUUGGCAGACUGUUUCACCUUGUCCAUCUUGUAAUAAUGGCGGACAAACCGGGAUGUGGACAUACAUGACAUGCGUCCCAGGAGCCCCUGGGGCACCUGGUCGAGAUGGAGCCAAAGGAGACCUGGGUAGCCCGGGGAAAACUGGAACCCAGGGACCACCUGGUACUGACGGAAAGAAAGGAGCAAAGGGAGAGCCUGGGAUCCAGGGUUCUGCCGGACAAAAAGGACAGCGAGGGGACAAAGGCGACAGUGGAACGUCACGACUGGCUUCACACAUGAACUGGAAGGAGUGUGCUUGGAAAAAAGGGGACAGCAAAGAUUCAGGACUGAUAUAUGUGAGUGCGGAUCGUCAUUUUGUUACCCGAGUUAAAAAAUAUUCUAUUAGCUCAAAGCAAGUAAUUUUCACUAAAAUGAUUGAUUGUCAUAAUGCUUUGGUCAGCGGUCAGCGAUAAUGAUGAUUUUACUAAAAUGAUUGACUGUCAUACUGCAGGCACAGAAGCUAUUUUGUUUCUUUCUAUCUCGUUUAGAACUGUGACUUUCUGAAGAAAUACUCGGACACUUCCCUCCAUGUCUACUAUGCUGGUAAUCUCAGGAUUGCCUCAUAUGACAACAGCUGUAGUCGCUGGUAUUUUACCUUUAAUGGAGCCGAGUGCAGCUCUCCUGGAACUAUUGACGGUGCAUUCUACAUGUAUAAAGGCAGAAACUACAAUCUUCAUCAUCACCGCCACAUUGAAGGUCACUGCAAUAACAUUCAGAAAGGAAAGGUGCGAGUGGGAUUCUCGGUUGGAAAGUGCGUCACAGGACAUAGGCUUGCUAACGCCUACACUGGUUGGAAUUCAAUGAAUCGUAUCUUCAUUGAAGAAGUAGCAAAAGCUCAGCAGUGA